CUCCCGGUAGCAGGAACACCACCGGUCGCCACGAUGCAUCGAGCUCAGAGCAUCCAUCCAAUUGUGUUUGAAGGUCUUCAAUUUGUUCUCAACAUUGGUGCAGAGGAUAUCGACGGCUCUCAAAGCUUUAUUACGCUUGGUGGUGACUCUCUAGCGGCGGUGCGACUCGCGACCUACUGUACAGAACGACAUCUCUCUGUUACAGUACGCGAUAUUCUUAGAAGCAGUCGUAUCCACGAUCUUGGGGAAAAUACUACAAGUCACUGUUCAAAGGAUCCGAAGUCAAGCAUUUUGGCCUCUGCUUUCCGAUCCGAGCCAAUCCAGAAUGAGGCCAGUGUUGGACUUUUACAAGACGAGGAAGCACUGACCGAGACGCAAUUGGCCUUCAUACACGAGAACGAGGUUUCACCAGGUUCAAAUAUCAUACGCUUCUCCGAGACCUACCCAGCCUCUGCACUUCCCAGUGUUCGCCAGGCCUGGAAUCAUGUUAUAGAUCAAGAGGCGGUUUUUCACACUCCCGGGACUUCUUGUAGAGAUGGCAAUUCUCACCAUCAAUGGACAGAGGUCAAGGUGGACAGCGAGCAAGAUUACCGAACACAAUUGAUCAAGGCAAAUCAGACGCGAACCAGACUGUCGUGUUUCAAGGCCGUGACUUUGGAAAAGUCGCAAAGCGCCGAUUCUAUCAGUACCGUGGUCUGGUGUGUGCAUCACGCAUUUAUUGACGGAUAUUCAGCACGCCUACUUCAUCAAAAGAUGAUCGACGUGGCGAACGGGCACAUUACUUCUCCGGGGCCUUCCUUCUGGGCUGUCGCAUCAGAACUCAAAGAACUGAAACUAGCUCGGCGAACAGCAACACGAGAGUACUGGACAUCACAGUAUGCCAUGUUCCACUCGGCUGCAUGGGAGAUUGACUUCCCAUCCCCUCGCCUGCCUUCGGAAAUUGAUGCUCAUGGAGAAUCCACCUUGACCUUCGACUUUCCUCAUGAUCGGAUAGCUGGUUUUUCCGCUGCCAUUGGAGUGACUCCGGCCGCGUUUUACUGCUCCGCCUGGGGCCUUGCUCUAAGCAAGCUGAUGAACAACGACCAGGUAGCGUUCGGAAUAGUCUUCUCGGGGCGCGAUCUACCUGUUGCAAAUAUACACGAGACCAUUGGGCCAUGUAUCAACACGUUGCCUUUGUUCAUAUCAUCCGCAAAGUCCGACGCCCUGGACAGUCCAGCCUAUAUACAGAGCGUUUUCCGGACCCUGAGCGAAUACUCCGAUUUCCAACUGGCGCAACCUGGAGAUGGGAUUACCAGACAGUACUCAUCUGUGCUGGCAUUUCAAUAUGAUAUGAGCUCAAAAGACUGUGACCCCUCGUACGAUAUUCGACCUAUCGGGCAGUCAUCUUUCACCAUGGAGUCUGACAUCCCGAUCAGUGUCAUCAUCUUAGACAACGGUGCUAUUCAAGUUCGAUUCAAUCAAGCUCGCUACAACACAGGCGAAAUGGAGAUCCUCGGAAAGCUAUUUCAAAAUGCUAUGGAAGUUUUGCUCGAGUGUAAAAGCUCGCUGCUGGUAUGCCUGGACCAGCUCAUAUCGACUACGGAGAAGGCACAGAUACUUCAUACAAGCAACUGCAACACAAUGUCAACGUUCGGCAAGAACGCCAGCAAGGAAGACGACAUAGUAACACUGUUUGAGAAAACCUGUGAUCGGUUUCCAGAGAGCAUUGCAGCAGUCAGAGGCAAGCAAGCUGUAUCGUAUCAUACACUCAACUGUGCCGCAAGUUCUGUCGCACGGGCUCUUGGUCAUAUUCGGCCAGGGGAAGCUGUAUGUGUUAUUGCGGAUCGAUCGAUCAACUGGCUAGUCGCCGCUUUUGGAAUUCUUAAAGCCAGAGGAGUUUACGUACCACUGGACCCCAAAGUUCCUUCCAAUGUACGGAACGAGAACUUCGAACGGUGUCGCGCUCGGACAUUUGUUGCCACAACGCACCAAACGAUUUCAUCAAGCCCGCAAGGUGCGUCUGAGCGACUCGUCGUCGAGGACAUCACUGGUGCACCACAACAACAAGAACACGAACAACGGAAUUCAAAUCGAGCCCACCCGUUCCCCGAGGAUGCAGCAUAUAUUUGUUUCACAUCUGGCUCAACUGGAAAGCCUAAAGCUGUCCAAUGCACGCACAGGGGCUUAGCUGCGUUUCUUGCAUCUGAAGAAAUUCGAUUGCACGCAAAGCAUGGCACACAUAUCGCCCAGACAAUGUCACCUGUGUUUGACGGAUCUAUUCUGGAGAUCUUCUCUGCGCUAUGCUACGGCGCCACGAUUCAUCUACCGGAAGAAAACGCAGAGCAUCCGUUCGAGCAUGUCAAAGAAUGCGACGUAGCGCUGUUUACACCAUCUGUGGGGAAGGUGUUGGACCCCCAGGACUACAAUAAUCUGAAACAUGUUUACAUGGUUGGCGAGCCCGUGCCUCAGUCCGUAUGUGACAAGUGGGCCAACAACAAGAGCUUAUACAAUAUGUACGGUCCAACGGAGUCAACUUGCGGCGCAACAUUAAAGCGACUGUCUUACGGAGAAAAGGUUAGCAUUGGGUACCCCAAUCCAAGCAGUCGCGUCUAUGUUCUCGAUCGCAACAAGCAACUCAUGCCGGCUGGGACAAUCGGGGAGAUCUAUACUGCCGGUGUGCAAGUCUCCCAAGGCUAUCUUGGGCAGCCGAAAGAGACAGCUCGCAAGUUCUCCGCGGACAGCGUGUUGUUGGAACCCACCGAGAUGAUGUAUCAGACGGGCGAUCUUGGACACUGGGAUGUUGUCACACAAGAGCUCCACUGCAAAGGCCGCAUGGAUCGACAGAUAAAACUUCGGGGAUUCCGCCUCGACUUGCAGGACUUGGAAGUCCGGAUAGCUCGCGCUAUUCCGGAGAGCACGAAUGUUGCCGUAUAUCGUAAAGAGGAUAUUCUAAUAGCUGUCUUGCAACCGGCUUCACUUGAUGUCACAUCAGUGCGUGCGAGAAUUCUGAAAGAGGUUCCGGGAUAUGCCACUCCAAGACGGAUCAUUAUAGUGGACGACUUUCCACUCACGGCCGCUGGAAAGCUCGAUUACAAGGCCUUAGAGACCAUGAAGCCUGAUGAUGUUGCGGAUCCAGCAACCCAUACAUUGAAAGGCACAGAGCAAUCCAUCGCACAAUCUUGGAGAGAGGUAUUACAACUUGGGCCGGAGACUGACAUAUCUUCUGAUACCGACUUUCUGGCCCUUGGAGGUCACUCAUUGCUACAGAUCAAAUUAGCCAAUAUGCUGUCCCGCAAAUUCAAUCGCCACAUUUCGAUGAAAACCAUCAUCGAGAAUUCCCGCAUCCAGUCUCUGUCAGUGGCCAUUGAUGCAAUCGCCGACACAAGGGAAGCUUUCAACGCCGUGAACGGCUCGCCCCUUGGGCCUCAUGGUGUUUCUCCUAUCGAACGCGACUGGCUCGCAAAAUAUGAAGCACGAUUGGGCACUUCGGCAUUUAACGUCUCACAUGUCUACGAGCUGAAUGCCGCUGCAGUAGACUAUAGCAGACUUUGCGAUUCAUGGGAUAAAGUGCUGGCAAGGCACAAAAUUCUGCGCUCCAGGUUCAUCAGCCAUGCAGGUGGAGUCAGGAUAUAUCAGGAUCACGCACCCCGGACAGAGUUCGUGAAAGGCCUAGAUGCUCGGAAACUCAUCAACCAUGAGUUCGAGCUUGAGCUUGAAUGUCCUGUCCGCAUAACAGUCUCGCCGCGCUAUCUUGUUAUAUGCAUCAGUCAUAUCAUCUGCGACCUGACGACCCUGCGUUCCCUCCUUGACGAAUUUUCCGCUUUCUACUACGGGUUCUCGCCGCCUGCUCCAAAGCAACAAUAUGACAAUACAUACUGGGCUAGAAAAACGGAUGACACCAUUCGAGAUUUCUGGAGGGGUUAUCUCCCCAGAACACACGAGCCUUCUACAUUGAUGACCGGACGCACGCGGCACACGUUCCAUGGAACCUCCUACGUCCGCGUCCUUGUUCCAUCUUCGCAAAGAAUUCUAGCUUCACUGCUCGAGACGUACAACCUGACGCACCACCAAGUCUCUCUUGCCAUAGUGUCGCUUGCCUUAGGCUCAGUCUUCACCUCUGAUAUCGUCUACGGCGGCCCUUUCAUGUGUCGCUCUGAAGAUGACGAAAACACGAUUGGCCUCUUUCUGCAACCACUGCCAAUCUGCAUACCCCAGACGCCGAAAGACACACCUGUGCAUCAGUUUCUGGCUUCACUUCGUGCAUCCAGUCAAUCGGCGCUUGCCAACGCCAUUCCAUGGGAUGCUAUCCUUGGAUGUUUAGCUCAUUCUUCUUCGCCUCAGGCGACCUCGAACACUACUUAUCCGCUUCCCGAAGUCAUGGUCACGUUCCAUGACGAACGAGAGCACAGACGCAACCGUCUAGGUCUUGAAGGAUUCGACGAAUUAAAUACAUGGAGUGAAGGCGCAAAGUUUCCGCUCAUGUUCGAGUUCACGUUGACAGAAGAACUUUUAAUGUUAAGGGUCGAAUACAGCGACGAGAUGUUUACCCGAGAGGAAAUCAUGAGGCACGUGUGUCUCGUGGAGUCGAUACUUGGGGAAUUGGGAGUUGAUAGUAGUGUUAGUGUUGGCAAGGUAGUCGAGGAAGCGAGAACAAGAGAUUUGGGGCAUCCGACAAAGGAAGUGGAGUUUGGAAGCAAGCGUUGAGGUCUUUAAUCUGUUUCAAAUAUUUCUAUUUAUCUCCACUGUAAUGCUCUAAUCUUAUUUGACACUGCAGAAGGUAGUGGGCCUUGAAUGGUCGAUGAUUCUACGGCCGAAGCCGUCUCACUCAUAGACCCGCGUUAUGAAGUAGCCUUUUCCCGUCGUCUUAUCUCCCUAAUGCAAUAAAGUUUAGCACAUUAAAAUCCCCCUCUUUACAAGACUUGAAUCCGAACAUCUAGAUGUUCUGUCAAGAUACUAAUGGUUGAAACAGCCUUAUUCGCAUCUCUGGAGGCGUAGUACACAAUUAUCCCCAGGGUUAGCCUAGCUCUGUCCAGGUCCCAGAUAAAGUAAUGACAAGGAUAUUGGUU